AUGAUUGACCAUUUGCUGGGACGGCCGUCAGUGAAGUCGCGUAGAUUGCAGGUUCUCGCUGUGCUGGCUUUUUGGUCUGCCUACCUUGUUCGAGGUCACAAACAUGGCCCGCCGGUCCUGCGCUUCUUGUCUCGCACGCUCUCCAAGCGGCUCACGGCAUGGCAGACGGUCGUCAUCACCAUGAGCUACCUAUACGCGGCCCGCAACCUCAGCACCCUGGUCGGUCUCGCAAGCCCCGACCCUUUGUCCAACAUGUACGAUGCGACCUACUUCCGGGCUACCUGGGUCCUCACCGCGCUCGAUGCCGGCUUCUGGACCGCCAUGAAGAUCGGCAACAAAAGACUGCGUGACCUAGCCAGCAUCGUCUUCUCCCUCUUCUACCUGAUCGCCGCCGAGCAGGCCGACGAAAAAGUGCGGAAGGUGCGCGCCAGCAUUACGGUUGAGCAUAUGCGCGUCAGUUGGAACAAGGGUCACCAGUCGCCUUACUUGCGCUUCGUCCAGGGCCUGGUUCGUCCACGUUUCACAAAGUGGCCGCCCCGCCAAAUUCGCAUCGCCCGCCCUGCCGCCAGUGACUUCACAGAGCCGGUGUCUGCGUGGCUGUACUUUGAUGGUCCGCUAUCCAACCUCACUCGACACAACAAGGUUAUAUUGGACAUCCCCGGUGGAGGCUUUGUGGCUAUGGACCCCAGGUGUAACGACGACAAGUUGUUCGCGUGGGCUGCCAAAACGGGGCUGCCCGUGCUGAGUUUGGAUUACAAAAAGGCUCCCGAGUUUCCAUAUCCGUACGCGCUCAACGAGUGCUACGACGUCUACUCCACCAUCAUAAAGACGCGUGGCCGGUGCAUUGGACUUUCCGGCCACGAGGUCCCCAAGGUUGUCAUCACGGGGGACAGCGCUGGCGGGACAUUGGCGGCCUCGACAACGCUGAUGAUCAUUGAGAGCGGCUCGUCCCCAGUGCGCCGCUUCCAAGGGCAGACGGACCUGCCAGUGCCUGAUGGGCUCGUCCUGUUCUAUCCAGCACUGGAUAUGAACAUUGGCAGUUGGAUGUCCGACGAGCAGAUGGCGCUGAUUCAGGAUCGCCGCAUGCGUGGGACAAAUAGGCGCAUCAUUCAGCGCAAGACGUCGCAGUACAAUCACCUCGCCGGCACCCCGCAUCAGUCCGACGACGAGGACGACACCGGCCCGUCCUCCAAAUCCCGCUCCAGCCUGCCCGCCAACGAUCAGGGGCCUUCUGGCUCCCCAGCGAACACCCUCCCCGAACACGUCCGCAGCCCAGCGACCGAAUACGCCCACCCUGCUGCCACAACAUGGAGCCAAGUACAGCAACACCCGCCGAGGCCCGCAUCCCCGGAAGCCACAACCAAACACCCGAUCACCACCAGCACCAAUCCCCAGCCAGGCGCGUCGCACCACCCGGAGCCGAUGCGGACCCGCCUCGCGACCUCAUCCAUGAUCUCCUACUUCAACGACCGCGUCCUCACUCCAGAAAUGAUGCGCGCCAUGAUCAUCCUCUACAUCGGCCCGCACAACCGACCUGAUUUCUCCCAAGACUACCUCCUCUCCCCGAUCCUCGCACCUGAUGUCCUGCUGUCCAAGUUUCCCAAAACAUAUUUUCUCACUGGCGAGCGCGACCCCCUCGUCGACGACACUGUCAUCUUUGCUGGUCGAUUGAGGCGUGUGAAAGCCGCCAUGCUGGCGAGCGGGGGGACGAGGCUGGAGUACAGGGACAGUGACGCGCUGACGGAAGGGUUUGACGAGAAGGCGGUGGCCGAGGUGGCGUUGAUCCCGGGGAUCAGCCACGGGUUUGUGCAGUUUCCGAGUGUGUAUCCGCCGGCGUGGAAACUGAUUGAGCGGACGGCGGGGUGGAUCGGAGACAUGUUUCGGGAGGCGUCGCUCAGGAGGAGGAGGGAGGUGAUGGUGAAUGGGAGGAGGGAGGGUGGGAAAGAACGGCAUCAUUUCCGGCAGGAGUCGAGUGGGGAUGAAGAUAAGCCGUUGGAAAUGAUGAGUAUGACGAGGUUGAGGGCGAAGAGCUUGAGGGAAGCUAGAGAGGCUAGAGAAGCUAGAGACGGGGCGAUUGCGGAGGAGAAAGAGAAGGAUCAUGAAGACCAGGGAACGAAAGCGGGGAAUGGCUUGCCUGGGUCAGGUGGUGGCGGUGAGGAUGGGCACUCACAUGCUGGGAGUGAGUCGGAAGACAAUGGCAAUGUGAACGGCGUUCCAGGGAGCAGCGCGUCGAACGAGCGGCGGAAAAAGAAGAUCGUCGCGAAACGGGCCAGGAAAAUGGAGGGCGAGGAUGAUAAGAGCCUGGUCAAGCUGGCCAGUACGGAUGACCUGCUGGGCAGGAGAAUGCAUGGCUUGGCUAAGGGCUUGACGGGCAUGCAUGGGGAUCCGGAGUGA